CGGCGUGGGCGGCAGAGCGGUCCGCGUGGGCACGCGCCGGAGCCAGCUGGCCCGGAUUCAGACUGACAGUGUGGUUGAGAUGCUCCGCGAGCUGUAUCCCGACCUGCACUAUGAGAUUGUUGCUAUGUCGACAACGGGAGACAAGAUCUUGGAUACGGCGCUUUCUAAGAUUGGGGAGAAGAGCCUCUUCACCAAAGAGCUGGAAAACGCCCUCGAAAGAAAUGAGGUUGACCUGGUGGUUCACUCCUUGAAGGACCUGCCAACUUCCCUCCCUCCUGGCUUUACCAUUGGUGCUGUCUGCAAAAGAGAGAACCCACACGAUGCUGUUGUCUUUCAUCCCAAAAGCACUGGGAAAACACUUGGCCUUCUUCCUGAAAAGAGUGUAAUUGGAACCAGCUCGCUUCGGCGAGCAGCCCAACUCAAAAAGAAGUUCCCUCACUUGGAAUUCAGAGAUAUCAGAGGGAACCUGAACACCCGCUUGAAGAAACUCGAUGAGAAAGAAGACUUCAGCGCCAUAAUCCUGGCUGCUGCCGGGCUGAAGAGAAUGGGCUGGGAGAAUCGCAUUGGCCAGAUUCUAAGCCCAGAAGAUUGCCUGUAUGCCGUUGGACAGGGUGCCUUAGCAGUCGAAGUUCGUGCCAAAGACCAAGAGAUACUCAACAUGGUAUCUGCCCUGCAUGAUGAAGAAACUGUGCUGUGCUGCAUUGCUGAGAGAGCCUUUAUGAAACAUUUGGAGGGUGGAUGCAGUGUUCCUGUUGCAGUCAACAGCGUGCUGAAAGAUGGCCAGCUGUAUUUGACUGGAGCUGUCUACAGCUUGGAUGGUUCUGAUAGCCUGAGGGAGACUAUGCAGACCAGUGUUAACUACCCACAACAGAAUGAAGAUGGACCAAAUGACGACGUGCAGCACGUUGGCAUCACGGCCAAGACUGUUCCUCGGCAGGCUCAGCAAGCUGCAGAGAGCCUUGGUGUUGAACUUGCAAGUUUGCUUCUGAGCAAGGGAGCUAAACAUAUCCUUAGCGUAGCAAGGCAGCUCAAUGAUGCCCGCUAAGCCUGUGCCGGAGCGGGCACGAUUGCUGCAACUGUGUUGUCAUUCUUUGGGAGAAUGGAUUUAUUUAGCCAUUUUCACAUCAGUGUCAUCUGGUGUGUGGACAUAAAACUUGAAAUACAAAGUUAACUUGUGAGUACUUUGCCUUCAGGGAUUUCGUCCCAUCCUGCAUUUCUCCAGCUCACGAGCUAUCUCUAUGAGACUCAUUUCAGUUAGCUUGUUUUUUGUCACUAGAAAUUCCACCGAACUUAGGAAAUGUGUUCCUAUGACCUGUAGGAGUGAGGAACUGAGUACAAAUUAUAACCAAAGACUCAGCUGACAUAUUAGUAAAGAAUAUAAUGUACUUUAAAUAGUUACAGAACUUGCCCAGUGCUUUGAAUACGAUGUGGGCCUGCUCCCACCUCAGAAAGAUUGCCCAAAGGGAGCUAAAUUGCUAGACUUCUAAGAGAAGAUUUUUAAUGGCAGACUCCGAGAGACGAUGC